AUGGGGCAGGGGAGUCCAGACCCGAUAGCGACGCUGCGCUCCAAGUCUCACUAUUUAUACUUGGCAAAGGCGGCCCCUCGUUCUGAGUCGCUCACCUCCCCUCCGCCACUCGGACCAUUAAACACCGGGGAGCGGGACCUGCCCCGCCGGGGCGUGGCCUGCAGGACGCGGAGCGGCGCGCGGCGGCGGGGCCCGGGCGGGCGCCCCGACCGCGACCCCGACCGCGACCCCGACCGCGACCCCGCGGCCCAGCCCGGCCCGGCCCCGCACCUGCGCCCGCAAGCCCGCCCCGAGCCACGGUCCUCUCCGGCUUCCCAGGCCCGCGCCGGCUCCGAGCCCAGCCCGAGCUGCGCCCCCCGGGGAGGUCGAGCCACCCCACGCCUCGCGCCCCGGACCCCAAGUCCCCGCCUCCGCCGCCGGCCGACCCACCUCCCGGGCUGCUGCCCCCCGACCGGCUCCAUCCCGCAGCGCCGCUCCCCGAGCGCCCGGGCCAAGGACGCUUCGACUUCGCUCCCUCCCCGAGAAACCCAAAGACGCGAGCGCGCGCACCCAGCACCACACAGACAACAACAACAACAAAUUGGCGGCGCGGCCAUCGACUCCCUCGGCGCUCCUCGGAGUCCUGGCCGCCCGUAUCGAUGCGCUCGGCGCUCGGCUGCCGCCGCCUGGCGCUGGAACCAGGAAGGCGGUGCGCUUAAACUGAGGCGAGCGCGGAGCCCGGCGGCGGCGCCCGGAUUCGAAGGGGCGAUUCUCGGUCUGUGGCGCUUGCGAGUCAGCGGGAGGCGCGAGGCCGAAGGCCGCGACGCAGAAAUGGGACGCCGGUCAUCAGAUACUGAAGAAGAAAGCAGAAGCAAGAGAAAAAAGAAACACCGUAGACGGUCAUCUUCAAGUAGUUCUUCAGAUAGUAGAACAUAUAGCCGAAAGAAAAGUGGAAGGAAAUCAAGAUCAAAAUCAAGAUCUUGGUCCAGAGAUCUUCAGCCUCGCUCUCAUUCAUAUGAUAGAAGACGCAGGCAUCGAUCAAGCAGUAGCUCUUCUUAUGGCUCUAGAAGAAAACGAAGUCGAAGUCGUUCAAGGGGUCGAGGGAAAUCCUAUAGAGUUCAGAGAUCUAGGUCAAAAAGCAGAACAAGAAGGUCCAGGUCAAGACCUCGUCCACGUUCCCAUAGUCGAAGCAGUGAAAGGUCCAGUCACCGAAGAACCCGUAGUCGGUCACGGGAUAGAGAACGACGUAAAGGCAGAGACAAGGAGAAAAGAGAAAAGGAGAAGGAUAAAUGCAAGGAUAAGGAAUUACACAACAUCAAGCGUGGGGAAUCUGGAAACAUCAAAGCUGGAUUAGAACAUCUGCCACCGGCUGAACAGGCCAAAGCCAGACUACAGCUGGUUCUUGAAGCUGCUGCAAAAGCUGAUGAAGCAUUGAAAGCAAAAGAAAGAAAUGAAGAAGAAGCAAAGAGAAGAAAGGAGGAAGACCAAGCCACCCUGGUAGAACAAGUAAAAAGAGUAAAAGAAAUUGAAGCCAUUGAAAGUGAUUCUUUUGUUCAGCAGACAUUCAGAUCAAGUAAAGAAGUCAAAAAGUCGGUGGAAGCUGGCGAGGUGAAGCACACAGCCGCGGCGUCGGGACCCCCACCCGUAGCCGCCGACCCCCCCAGCAGCGAAAAAGACGUAGACGCUAGCAGCAUCCCCACCGCCAUCAAGUACCAAGACGACAACUCUCUGGCCCAUCCGAAUUUAUUUAUUGAGAAAGCCGAUGCUGAGGAGAAGUGGUUCAAGAGAUUGAUUGCCCUCCGACAAGAAAGGCUGAUGGGCAGUCCUGUGGCCUAAGUAAUUUCAUACGGUUGAAUUAACAGUAACAUUGGAAGUUUAGGUUUUUAAAUCCCAGUAUUAACUUUUUAUUCUUAAAAAGCAGUUAGUUGAUUAUGUGAAAAGGUAAUGUCUUUCAUUCAUUUCUCAGGUAGGCUUGAAUAUUUGUUGGUUUGAACUUAAACAUUGUGAAUAUUAAAACUAGUGUAAGUCUAACAAUGUGUGAAAAUGUCAUACUAUUAAUAAAGCUAAUCCUAAAAGUAUCAGUAGUAAAAUAAAUGGUACACGGUAGUGUUUCUGAGUAAAAUUUGAAAAAUAUCAAAUUGUCAUUUAAGGGCACAGUUUUGAUAAUCAUGCAUAUGUAAGAAUCAAACUAUAUGCUAUCCACGUGAGAUUUCAUCUUCCAUGUAUUAUGAAACCAUUUUUGUGUUGUUUUUUUUGAAACCAUUUUUGAAUCUUUUAUUUACCCUGUUGUAAAAAUUUAGGCAGAAUAAAAAGCACUCUAAACAA